CCAUUCACAAAUGCACCGCCAACGGCUCAGAAUCAGGACCGACAUCCUCGCUAAGCUUUCGAUUGUGAUAUGGCUAGCUGGGCUUCUCCUAUUAGCAGGCCACCUCCCUGGAACGCAUGGUAAACCCUUCAUUGGCUCGGCAAAGGGUCCUGAGAGGCUUCUAGAAGCGAGAGGGCCUCAUCGAAGGACACCAAACAGUAGUCAUUAUGUGAUUACCGGUGCUCCAGUUGUGAGAACAGCAUCUGGGGCUGUUCCAAUUCGAAGGGAUAUCCGAGACCUUCAUGAUAAUCAUGCCGACCUGUUCAACUUGUACAUUCUUGGACUUCGCGAUUUCUAUGCGGCGGACGAGAAUGAUGACUUGUCUUUUUACAAGAUCGCGGGAAUCCACGGGCGUCCUUAUGGGCCAUGGCAGGGCGCGGAAGGUAUCUCUGGGAAAGAUGCAGGAUUCUGUCCGCAUAGCAACAUACUGUUCUUGACUUGGCACCGCGCAUAUCUACUUCUCUAUGAGCAACUGCUUCACAAACACGUCGCAGAUGUUGCCAGCAAGUUCAUCCCCGAACUUCGUCAACGCUACGUCCAAGCCGCUCAAGACUUCCGCAUCCCGUACUGGGACUGGUCAGCUUCGAUUGACAACCCAGACCAUCCAAUCCCGACAUACAUCGCCGAAGACGCGGAAAUCCUAGUGACGGAAACGGAUGGGACCCAGCAGUUGGUCGAUAACCCGCUGCACCAUUUCGAGUUCCAUCCGUGCGAGCCCGUUCCUGAGACUUUUGACGGGAAGUGGCAAGGCUGGACCACAACCCUCCGCCACCCAUCUUCCGACGACGCGAACGCCACGUCCCGCGCCGCCCUCUUCAUCUCCCACUUCACCGACUGGAGUGGCCAGCUCCACAACGACGUCGGCUUCGACAUGCUCCAAAACCAAUCCUUCAACACCUACAGCAAGAGCCACCUCGAGCUAACGCACAACCUCGUGCACAACAUCGCCGGCGGCGGGAUGGACAGCGACGAAGACAGGUUCUGGGGCCAUAUGGACCCCCUGGACUACUCAGCCUUCGACCCAGUAUUCUGGCUGCAUCACGCCAAUGUCGACCACAUCCUCGCCCUCUACCAACCCCUCCACCCCGCCCGCUGGCUGCACCCGGACAACAUCGCCGCCUCCGGCACCUACGCCAUCCCGGACUACAGCACCGUCGACGCCGCCACCCCCUUAUCGCCGUUCUGGAACAGCCAAGGGGGGUUCUUUACGUCCAAUGACCUCCGCGAUACCAUCCCCCUCGGCUACGCGUACCCGGAAACGCAGAGGUGGCUCUUCGCCACCGACGGGGCCUUCCAGGAUAGCGUCGCGCGCGCGGUAGGGGUGGCGUAUAGCCCCGACUGGCGCGCGCUGGUUGCGGAUCCCGCAGCGAUGAGGACGGGGCCGGUGGGGUUGGUCGAGCGGGGGGUGGUGACGGCGUGGGCGGUGAGGGUUGGGGUGGAUAAGGGGGCGGUGGGGGGGAGUUUCGGAAUCAGGAUUUUGCUGGAGGGGAGGGAGGUUGGGAGGGUGGCGGUAUUGAUGCCGGAAGGAUUGGAGGCGAGGGGGAUGGUGGUGAAUGCGACGGUGGAGCUGACAAGGGCAUUGGUGGGGGAGGUUGGAGAGGGAAGGUUAAGGGAUUUAGGGGAGGAGGCUGUGGGGGGUUACUUGCAGGGGAGGCUGGGGUGGAGGGUUGAUGCUAUUUCCGGAGGGCAAGUCCAGGCCACGGCGCCGAGGGAGGUGGGGUUGGAGGAGGUCGUGGUUGUGAGUAAUGAGGUUACGGUGCCGUUGGAUCCGGAGAUGCCGCUUGUGUACUCUGGGACGUGGGUCAAGCAUCCUGAGAUUGUUGUGAGUGGGGUUGGGGGUGUCUAGUUUGGAGACGUUUAAGCAUGAGGUCGUUCUGGCUGGAAGAGUGGCAGGAAGGGGGUCUGGUUCGACGGGUUUGGUGGGGGAAUCGUUUGUUUCAUGCGUUGUAUUUCGAUAUGUCUGUCUGAAUGUCUCUCUUACUUAGCUGAUCAAUUCCACUCAUUCAUCAUUCGGGGUUUCCCUU